UCUCUCCUCCUUCUCCUCCUCCUCUCUUGGCUUCUCUCCCAGAUUCCAGUCCUAGGCCAGAGAUUGGCUGCUACUGCAGAAGAGGCUCUCUCCUUCCUUCCUUCCCUCCCUCUCUCACACUCUUUUUCUCUGCCUUUUUUCUCCUUCCCUCCUUCCUUGCUUUGCCUGGCAGCCCCUUUCGGGGCAGGAGGCGCUGGCCAGGGAUGCCAAGAUGCCUUCGGGGGCAGCGGAUGCCCUGGGAAGGGCCCUCUUGGUCCUCCUCCUGCUGGGGCUCCUGGCACCCUCAUCAUCCUCAUCAUCCUCAUCAUCCUCUUCUUCUUCUCCAGGGGCUUCAGAGAGGACUGCGCUGGAGCGCUUCAAGGUGGUCUUCGCACCCUUGAUCUGCCAAAGGACCUGCCAGAAGGGACACUGCAGGGACAGCUGCAAGCCGGGCAGCAACAUGACCCUCAUCGGGGAGAAUGGGCACGCCAUGGACACCCUCACCGGAUCCGGGUUCCGCGUCGUGGUUUGCCCUCUGCCCUGCAUGAACGGCGGCCAGUGCACAUCUGGGAACCAUUGCUUGUGCCCGCCUGAGUUCACCGGGCGUUUCUGCCAAGUCCCGGCUGGCCGCCAGGGCCAGGGCCAAAGCCAGCAAUCCAGAGUCCCCGGCGAGGGGCUCCCCAUGGAGACCGGCUCAAGCAAACAUGCCAUCUACGCGGUUCAACUGAUCUCGGAUAGCCACGGCGACACUCCGGCGGGACCCGGUUCGAAAGGAACCAUCAGCCACUCCACUUUUAUGGUGCCCCUUGGGCCUGGGGAGCACUCAUCGGAAGUCCAGGUGCAUCAGCCGCUGGUCAACGUCCGUGUCCAUCACCCGCCGGACGCUUCAGUGCAAGUCCACCGGAUCGACAGUCUCAGCUCUGAAGGAGGAGGACCAGGCAGCCAACAGCAUUUGAUCAAACACCCGGCCCCCAAACCGGCUUACACUCGGCCCCCGACCCAAAAGCCACUGGGACGCUGCUUUCAGGAGACGAUGCCCAAACAAUCGUGCGGAAGCAACCCGCUCCCAGGCCUCACCAAGCAAGAAGAUUGCUGCGGCAGCAUUGGCACCUCCUGGGGCCAGAACAAAUGCCACAAAUGCCCCCACCUCCAAUAUUUGGGGGUGCAGAAGACUUUGGGGAGUGACUGCCCGCAAGGGUACAAGCGACUCAACAGCAGCCACUGCCAAGACAUCAAUGAGUGUGCCAUGCAAGGCGUGUGCCAAGGGGGCGAGUGUUUGAAUACCCAAGGAAGCUUCCGUUGCGCUUGCAAACCAGGACAGGUCUUGGGACCUUCGCGGACCCACUGCGUGCCGGAGAAGGCCGGGGAGAAGAGCUUGUGUUUCCGACUGGUCAGCCCUGAACACCAGUGCCAGCACCCGCUGCCCACAAAACUCACCCGCCAGACCUGCUGCUGCAGCGUGGGCAAAGCCUGGGGCGCCCGCUGCGAAAGGUGCCCAGCGGAUGGAACUGCUUCUUUUAGAGAGAUCUGCCCUGCAGGAAAAGGGUACCACAUCCUGACCUCACACCAGACCUUGACCAUCCAAGGCGAGAGCGAAUUCACCCUCCAGAUCCACCCGGAUGGCACCACCGAUUUGCAACAGCAGCAGCAACAUGUAGACCUACCAACCCGUCCGCCCGCGGGCAGCGACUCCCAAGAACCUGAAGUCAUCACUCCACCUAUGUCGCUCAGCUAUGUCACCACUUCGGAGGAGCAGUUAGUCUUUUACGUCAACACCCCAACUUUUGGGCCCCGGUACCCUGCAAUCCUUCCGAAGCCUACGGCUGCAGUCGUGGUGAAAUAUCCGGAGGAAGAGACCCGCGUGAGUGGAUUCGGAUUGUCCCCAACGCAAGUGACUGAGACUGACCUCUGCAAGCUGAACCGUAACAUGUGUGGCCACGGCGAAUGCAUCCCUGGGACGCCGAAGCCCACAUGCCACUGUUAUCAAGGGUACCGCUUGCAUCCUCAGCACAUGUAUUGCAUAGACGUGAACGAGUGCGAAUCGGACCCUUGCGGCACAGGGAAAGGUGUCUGCAUGAACACCGGAGGGUCCUACAAUUGCCACUGUAACCGGGGCUACCAGCUCAAGGUCCACAAGGGAGUGCGGUCUUGCAUGGACAUCGAUGAGUGUGUCAAGCCCAACGUCUGCGGAGAAGGCGGCUCUUGCAUCAACUUUCCGGGGCACUACAAAUGCGAGUGCCAUUCCGGAUACCGGCUCAAACCCUCUCGCCAACCGCUCUGCGAAGAUAUAGAUGAAUGCCUUGACCCAUCCACUUGCCCCGAAGGGAGGUGCGAAAACCGACCCGGCAGCUAUAAAUGCAUCCCUUGCCAGCCAGGUUUCCGAGGCAAAAGUGGCAUUUGUUACGAUGUGGACGAAUGUGCCGAGGAAGCAGUGUGCAAGCAUGGCCGCUGCGAGAACGAGGUGGGCUCCUUCCGAUGCACCUGCAAUGAUGGGUUUGUCCCUGCACCUGAUUCCCGGAGCUGUCAAGAUGUCAACGAAUGUGAGAAUAGUUCUCUGUGUGCCCAAGGCAUUUGCACGAACACAGUGGGGUCCUUCAAGUGCCAGUGCCUCAAAGGUUUCCAAGUGGUGAAAGAUGGACUGCGGUGCGAAGAUAUGAAUGAGUGUGACUUCCUGGCCGCCUGCAUCGGGGGCGAGUGCGUGAACACAGUGGGCUCCUACCAAUGCCUUUGCCGGGCAGGGUACCAGUUGGAAGGCGGACGGACGUGCCAAGACAUCAAUGAAUGUGCCAAGGACCCCGAUCUCUGCCAGCAUGGGGUGUGUGAGAACACCGAAGGCUCCUUCGUGUGUCUGUGCGACGAGGGAUUUGCUCCCUCCGAAGACAGGAAAAGCUGUGAGGAGCUGCCCCACAACAAGAAGGAGUGCUACCUGAACUUCGACGACAGCGUCUUCUGCGACAGCGUCCUCGCCACCAACAUCACACGCCAGGAGUGUUGCUGCUCGCUCGGGGCGGGAUGGGGGGACCACUGCGAGAUCUAUCCAUGCCCCGUACUCAAUUCAAUCGAGUUCCACAUUCUCUGCCCAGAUGGCAAAGGGUUCAUUUUGGACGACACCAUCAUGAAUUACGGCAUCCCAGCCCACCGGGACAUAGACGAAUGCGCACUGUUUGGGGCAGAGAUCUGCAAGGAAGGGAAAUGCGUCAACACGCAACCCGGCUACGAAUGUUACUGCAAGCAAGGGUUUUACUACGACCCAAACCUCUUGGAGUGUGUUGAUGUCGAUGAGUGCUUGGACCUAUCGAACUGCGUCAACGGGACCUGCGAAAAUACCCGCGGCAGCUUCCGCUGUUCCUGCCCGGUGUCCGCCGUCUACGAUCCUGUCCGUAAGAAGUGCGUUGCAACCAGUGAAAUUGAUGUGGAUGAAUGCCAGGACCCCAGGGUCUGCAAACUUGGGCGCUGCACCAACACCGUGGGGUCUUUCACCUGCGAAUGCCACCCUCCUUUGACUUUGGACCCUAGCGGCAAAGAAUGCCAGCUUCCAGAGAUGCAGGCGGAUCGAGUGACCGACCGCCGCGAUGUCUGCUGGCAACUCCGGGGCGAAGAUGGCAUGUGCUCUUCUCCGUUCAACGGCCAGCAGCUGAGCUAUGAGGAAUGCUGUUGCCGCUAUGGCAAAGGAUGGGGGUACCAGUGCCACGCCUGCCCGCCACGAGGUCCAGGUCUGAACUGCCAGUCUGCUCCCAGUGAGAGCAACUCGUUUUUGGACUUCAGCCCUUGGUUUGGCAAAGUGCACAGAGAUGCUGACAGCUCAGAAGAGGAUUCGGACGAAUGCCGUUGCCUGAACGGUCGCUGCAUCCGCACCCAGCAAGGUCUGGUCUGUGAGUGCCCCUUGGGCUUCCAACUCGACGCCACCCAUACCCGCUGCCUGGAUAUCGACGAAUGCAGGGAGCUGAACCAGCGGGGACGCCUGUGCAAGACGGAGCACUGCGUGAACACCAGUGGUUCCUACCGUUGUACCUGCAAGCUGGGCUAUGUGCGCUCCCGGCCGCAUGGGAUCUGCAUCCCGCAGCGCCAGCGGUAGCCGGUCGUGGGUUGGAGAGUUGGGGAGAAUGCAUCCCAUGCUUGAAAAGUUACUUCGGGGACUACAUAUACAUAUUUUUGUAUGGCAAGGUGGCGUCUGGGAGCAGUCAUCCCCCAAAGUAAUUUUUCCAAGCUCCGAAUGGGCAUUGAAGAGACCAGCUCCUUUAAUCCCUGCUUUGGCCUCUUUUUUCGGCUGACCGCUGUUUGGAAACUGGAUACUAGGAAGACUUUGGUCUUUUUUUAAUGCGGCGAGGCAGUUCUCGCAUUCUUAAGGACUCCUUUUUUAUUUUGUACCGGCUGCGAUGAAGGGGCAUUGACGUUUGUAAUAGGUUCCCUACCUAUCUCCGUUUUGUUUUCCCUACUCCCUUAACCCACCUAGAUAUUUAUCGUUUGGGGUUUUGUAAAAACAAAACCAAACUGCAUUUGGUUUGCACUUGUUUCUGUAGGAUUCGGAAAUAAAACUCCUUUUUGUGUGUGUGUACAUAGCGGAUGUCGGUGAAUUAAAACAUAAAAAUACAAAUCUGAUGUUAAUCUGCUAAUUUUAAAA